UUUAGAAAAAAAUUAUGGAGUAAUGCAUAGUACAAGGACCAAGAUUAUGGAAUAAUGCAUAGUACGAGGACCAAAACUGUAAUUUAAUCUUUUCCACCACACGUUGCCGUUUUGCUAUGCAAGUGUUGCACACUAUCACUGUUAUCGGCUGAGGAAUGCAUGCUCUACACGCACCCCCUUCAUUCAUGUUCAUAUUCUGAAACCCAAAUUCAAGAUUAACCCUAGAAAGUUUCAAAGCUAAUUGUGCGUAUAAUUCCCACGAAACAACAAAGAGAUGAAUGCAAUGAGAUUGCAAGUAAUAUCCCCAUUUCCAACCGACAUAGACAUUGCAAAUUCCGUUCAACCUCAUCACAUUUCCGUCAUUGCCAAAAAGCUCAACCUUAAUCCCAAUCAUUAUGAUCUCUAUGGCAAAUACAAGGCUAAGGUUUUGUUGCCCGUGAUCGAUGAACUAAAAGAAAGAAAAGAUGGGUUCUAUGUUGUUGUUGGAGGAAUUACACCAACUCCUCUUGGAGAAGGCAAAUCUACCACCACGGUUGGUCUCUGUCAAGCUUUGGGAGCUGUUCUUGAUAAAAAGGUCGUCACAACCCUUAGACAACCAUCACAAGGGCCAACAUUUGGUAUCAAAGGCGGUGCCGCUGGUGGUGGUUACAGUCAAGUCAUCCCUAUGGAUGAGUUUAAUCUACACUUGACAGGCGACAUCCAUGCCAUAACCGCUGCUAACAACCUUCUGGCCUCCGCCAUUGACACACGAAUGUUUCAUGAAUCAACGCAAUCAGAUAAGGCCCUUUUUAGUCGGUUGUGUGCACCAGACAAAAAAGGUAACCGGAUCUUUAGUGACAUCAUGUACAGACGCUUAAAAAAGCUCGGUAUCAAUAAGACCAAACCUGAGGAUCUUACCGCAGAAGAAGUCAUGAGAUUUGCUAGGCUUGAUAUUGAUCCCGAAACCAUCACCUGGAGGAGGGUUAUGGAUGUAAAUGACCGUUUCUUGAGGAAAAUCACCGUGGGUCAGGGCCCGGAUGAGAAAGGUAUGGUAAGAGAGACGGGGUUCGACAUUUCUGUUGCUAGUGAGAUAAUGGCGGUUUUAGCCCUCACCAAUUCUCUAUCGGACAUGAGAGAGCGGCUCGGGAAAAUGGUGAUCGGAAACAGUAGAGCUGGUGAUCCUGUCACUGCCGAUGAUCUUGGUGUUGGAGGUGCAUUGACUGUACUAAUGAAAGAUGCAAUCAAUCCGACCUUGAUGCAGACUCUUGAAGGCACCCCAGUUCUUAUUCAUGCUGGUCCAUUUGCUAAUAUUGCUCAUGGGAGCUCAUCUAUUGUGGCUGACAAGAUUGCUUUGAAGCUAGUAGGCCCGGAUGGAUUUGUUGUCACAGAAGCAGGGUUUGGCUGUGAUAUAGGAAUCGAAAAGUUUAUGAAUAUAAAAUGUCGUUAUAGUGGUUUGAGACCUCAAUGUGCUAUUAUCGUGGCAACUAUUCGGGCUCUCAAGAUGCAUGGUGGCGGACCACCGGUGACCGCUGGGAAGCCGCUUGACCCUGCUUACAUUACUGAAAAUGUUGCUCUUGUGGAAGCUGGUUGUACUAACCUGGCUAGGCACAUUAAGAACACAAAGGCUUAUGGCGUGAAUGUUGUCGUGGCCGUGAACCGGUUCUCGACUGAUACGGACGCAGAAAUAGCCGCUGUGAGGACUGCUGCGUUAGCCGCUGGUGCAUAUGAUGCUGUCCUCUGCACUCAUCAUGCCCAUGGUGGAAAAGGAGCGAUUGACCUUGGCAUUGUGGUUCGAAAGGCCUGCGAAAGUGCAACUAAGCCUUUGAAAUUCUUGUAUCCUUUGGAUGCGAGCAUCAAAGACAAGAUAGAAGCUAUAGCAAGAUCAUACGGUGCCAGUGGUGUCGAAUACUCCGAACAGGCAGAGAAACAGAUUGAGAUGUACACCAAACAAGGAUUCUCAGGGCUGCCGAUCUGCAUGGCGAAAACUCAGUACUCGUUUUCAGAUAACGCAUCAGCCAAAGGCGCACCGAGUGGAUUUGUGUUGCCGAUCAGGGAUGUAAGGGCAAGCAUUGGGGCCGGAUUUAUUUACCCGUUGGUUGGGACUAUGAGCACAAUGCCAGGGCUUCCUACGAGACCUUGCUUCUACGACAUUGAUCUCGACACUACUACUGGAACGGUAAAAGGGCUUUCUUGAAAGGUAGUCUUCGUGAAAACAACCGCUCUACUGUUAGGAAUAGAGGUCAGUUCUGCUACAUCCCAAGCCCCCCCGACCCCACCUCCAGAUGGGAUGUAUUGGGCUUUUUUGGUUUGGUUUAUGUAGAAAAGAGACUUAUCUGGUUUUGAUAAUCGUGUUUUCAUGCUUGUAGUUCGAGUUUAUAGUUUGCUUUCAAGAUUCGGAUUUUCGAAACGUGUGAUUGUAUAAAUGAUAUUGUAAGAGCAUCUCCAACAGAUAUGCUAUAUUUUCUCUCUUUUUCC